UUGACAGCUCACAGUUUACUGAGCAGCAGGAUCCAGACCUUGACCCGCAGCUCCUGCGCGUCUCUCUGCUCCGGAGCUCGAACCUGUGACACUGAGCCGCCGAGCGUCACCCGCUCCCUCUCCCUGCGCACUCACCCGAGGACGCGACACUUUCCAUACCCGACUUUUCUGCAAACUGGAUUCCCGGAGCUCCUCGCCAUGCCUGCCCGGGUUUAGAUUCUCCAUGGAGCUCGCCAACCUGUACGAGGUCGCGCCCCGGCCCCUGAUGAACAGCCUCGCCCACGGCCAGCAGCCCUCCUCCGGCUACAGAGACCCGGCAGACCUCGGCGGCGAGAUCGGGGACAACGAGACCUCCAUCGACCUGAGCGCCUACAUCGACCCGUCGGCGUUCAACGACGACUUCUUGGCCGACCUGUUCCACCACAGCUCCCGGCAGGACAAGCUGAAGAUCAUGAACGGGGAGUACGAGUCGGCGCCGUGUGGCCCGGGGCCCCAGCAGCUCUACAUGUCCAACUACAUGGAGUCCAAGCUGGAGCCGCUGUACGAGCACAACCCGCAGCGCAUCCGACCGGUGGCCAUCAAGCAGGAGCCCCGGGACGACGAGGACCUGAACCCGGGCAUGCCCCCCACCUACCACCACCCGCACCCGCAUCCCCAGCAGUACUCCCAGCACGCGCAGCAGCAGCAGCCGCAGCCGCAGAUGUCGCACCUCCAGUACCAGAUUGCGCACUGCGCGCAGACCACCAUGCACCUCCAGCCGGGCCACCCGACCCCUCCGCCGACCCCGGUGCCGAGCCCGCACCAGCAGCAGCACCACCACCAGCACCACCACCCGCAGCAGGGCGGCCUGAAGCUGCUGGAGCACCACCGGGGCGGCGGCAAGGGCAAGAAGAACGUGGACAAGAGCAGCCCGGAGUACCGGCUGCGGCGCGAGCGCAACAACGUGGCCGUGCGCAAGAGCCGGGACAAGGCCAAGGUGCGCAACAUCGAGACGCAGCAGAAGGUGGUGGAGCUGUCCACCGACAACGACCGACUGCGGCGCAGGGUGGAGCACCUGACCCGCGAGCUGGACACGUUACGGGGCAUCUUCAGGCAGCUGCCGGACGGGUCCUUCAAACCCAUGGGCAGCUGAGAGACGUUACUGACCCCGGACUGGGACCGGACCGGACUGGGACCAGGCUGGAGGUGGACUGGUUUACUGCUGGAUGUAUAGCCCACACACACACACACACACACACGCACACACACGGGUCCACAUGCAGGUGUGGACGGACUGAGCUGUGAGGAGCCGGAGGCAGCUGAGAUGUUUCACUGCUCCAACGUCCGUCCACACGAAUCAUUUGGUCUUUUACUGAUCUUCUGCACAAACUUUUGAAAAAGAGAGAGAGAGAGAGAGAGAGAGAGAGACAUUGAACUGUUCUCAGAUCGGUUCCCUCUGGUUGCAGCCUCAUCCCUGUUGGAUUCAGGUGAGAGCACCUGCUCCCUCAGUAACAGACUGAUCAGUCCGGACAGUUUUCGUGUCAUGUGCCUUUUUUUUUUUUGUAAAAACAGAAAAAAACAACAAAAAAAACUUUUGUGCAAAAGCCAAUAAGCUUGUUCCCUCCUGCAGAUCCACACCACUGGUUGUAUUUUUUUGUGCCUUAUGUCCGUAUACACCCACAUAUCAGAGCAGCUACAAGGUAAGGGGGCAGGCCGGGGACCCCCAGGUUCCCUUCUAUUAUUUUAUACAAGUUACCAUGUCCAUAUCUUCUCCUGAUGAACUAGAAUUUGUCUUUAUGCAAAGUGCACACUUGCUUUUUAUAUAUACUGGGCUGAAAGUGUAUGUGUGUAUGUCAAUGUUCACGUGACGUGGACAAUAUCAUGUGUAAGAAUGAGCGUGGAGCAUCACCAGCGGUCACACGACGGAGAGUUCGUCUCGUGUCAGAGAGAGAGAGAGAUUUCUUUUUCCUAUAAUCUUCAAGUAUGUUCGAGUGUUUUAGCUGCAGGUUUUUUUUUUCUUCUUUUCGUUAUUUGCUGAGACAAGCUGUGAAGCACCGUCACACCGCCGCCCCGUCACGACAGAACCUCGCGUCUCCACUCUGUCUCUCUCUUUUCAGACUUUCAGACCGGUUGGAGUAAAAAAAAAAGAAGCAUUUUUUGACCUUCGACCUUUGCACUAUGACACACACACACACACACACACACACACACACACACACACAAAAUGCUCCAUGCUCCCGCUCGAUAAACAAGGGCGGGGCUUCUGUCCAAGUUCCCUAAAAAAAUAUUUUCAAAAGCUGGUGAUUGUGGAGAUGCAAGGUUUUUUCAUCUGUGUGAAUAAUCAUAACUGAGUCCUGGAGUAUGGUGAUUUAAUGCCAAAGUGUAAAUUACACACACACACACACACACCUGUGGUACCUGCUUCACCGUGUCACCGUCCAGUGGAAACCGCGAGUCAAAAAAAUGUUUUUAAAAAUUCCUAAGAGCCGAACUGUCGGUUUCCAGAGGACGGUGACGCGGAGAGCAGCUCUGAAAUGUCUCAUGCACUAUAUUUGUCGUCAAAUGAAGCGCAGCGUUGUCUCGGACACACGUUUGGGUACUGAUCUGAAAAGAAAAAGAAAAACACGCCUCGCUCCACGUACGUGUAUUUAUGUGUCGUACAAAAAACAGAAAAAUGUGAAAAGGGUUCCUAUGCAACACGUCUCUUCCUCUUUUCCACUGUUGUAUCAUCUCUCUCACACACACACACACACACACACACACACACGGAGUGCCUUCUGAUCCUCUGACCUUUGACCUCUUGCUGAUGCGUGGCUCUGUUGAAAGAUUUUUGAAAAUCGAUUUGUCGGCGAGGAAAAAGGAAGCACUUUUGUUAGUUUGCUUUUUUUUUCUUUCCUUUUUUUGUUUUACAAACUGAUGUUUGUAAAAAAGUCUCAAUUGUAAAAUAAGCCUAUACGUAUAUAUAUAAAUAUAUAUAUAUAAAUAAAUAUAUAUAUGAAAUACUAAAGAAUCUGAAUUAUUAUAAUAAUAAUAAUAAUAAUAAAAGAGUUUGUUUUAUCACA